AUGAUGUCUUCCUCUGCAGUGGAUCCCAUCGGUCAGAAGGUCAUGUUGGAGAAGAAGCACUCGAAGUCCGGUUCGGACGUGAUGAUCCAGGUUCGCAAGAGUUCCAGAAAGCGCACGACGAUGAAACGCAUUGAAGAUCAAACACCCGACGAUGACAACUACGUCGAAACCAUGCUGAAAAGGAUUGAUAAAGCCAAAUACAAUCCGGACCCUGCUUUGCUCCGGGCAAUCGAAGAAAAUCAUUUGCACAUAAAUUUGCACAGGCUCGAGUUUCACCCGGAGAAGCAUCGGGAUCACAACCUUGCCAGGAUUUUGCGGGACACUGGGUUAUCUGGAUUACCCUUGGCGCAAAGAACCAUCAAAGAAUUGGAGGAAGAAAGCAUAGAAGUCAACACACUGAUGCCGCAUGUUUUAUGUUUGAAUGACAAGGAUGCCAGAGAAAUUUUCGCUUCUGUCAGGCACUUGGUUGUGGCUGCUGAUGAGUCAACUAGAAGCAGAAAAGAGGAGCCUGGCAAGCAUCAGAAAAACAGGAUGCUCUUCAGCAUUUUCGGAGAAAAACCCGGUCCGACAAAGUCCAAAAGCCGUUUGUCAACUCUCUUAAUAAGAAAACGGGUGGUUCUCAAAAAUGGCAAGAUAAACACGAGGCCCAUUAGAAUCAUGAAUGAGAGUUCGCACUAUUUUUCGGACUUGUUCACUACGCUGGUGGACGCCAAAUGGCGAUGGACUCUCCUGGCUUUCACUUGCUCGUUUUUCCUAUCCUGGCUGUUUUUUGCAGCAAUCUGGUUCGGGAUCGCGUAUUUGCACGAGGAUUUGGCCAUUGGCGACCGACCCGAAGAGUUCGUUCCUUGCGUAGUGGGGAUCACGAGUUUCUCAACUGCUUUCUUAUUCAGCGUUGAAACUCAGCACACCAUUGGCUAUGGAACUCGGGCACCAACUGAGCAAUGCACAAUUGCAGCAUUGACAGUUUGCAUACAGAGUAUAGUUGGCAUGAUGAUUCAGGCAUUCAUGGUGGGAAUCAUCUUCACGAAGCUGUCAAUCCCCACAAAACGCGCCAAAACGCUGACAUUCAGCAAAUGCGCAGUGAUUUGCAAGCACGACGGGUACUUGACUUUCAUGUGUCGGGUAGGAGACAUGCGAACCUCGCAGAUAAUCGAAGCACACACACGGGCCCAAGUGAUUCGCCGACGGGUGACUGCAGAAAACGAGAUUCUCCCUUUUGAGCAGAAGGAAAUCGCGAUUGGGCCGGAUCACGGGGAAGACAGACUUUUCCUCAUUUGGCCUCAGAUUCUGAUGCACAGGAUCAACAAGGACAGUCCGUUUUAUUUCAUGGAUGCCAGAGAUUUUCAGAAAGCCAGGUUUGAGAUCGUUGUGAUCCUCGAAGGAGUAGUUCAGUCUACGAGUUCAACGGUUCAAGCCCGAGGCUCGUAUUUGCCGCACGAAGUUUUUUCGAACCCUGGUCAAGGAGAGAAUUAUUUUGGGUCAGUGCGACUUGGUGAAAAAGCAAUCACAAAGAUAAUGUUGGAUUUGGAUCGGCAUGAACUGCCGAUGGGCGUCACCGGUGGCGCUGACCUGAAAGUCGAGAGUACAAAUUCGUUAAUUGAGAAAAUUCUGAGUGCUGAACUUAGCCUACGUCAUUCUUCGCCGACGAUUCGAGCCUUGGAUAAUUCCCUGAUGGAAUCCUCUCGCCUGAUGCUUGAACACGAGAAUGUGAAGGGCAUUCUAGAAAUCAUGUACGCAUGGCAUCAGAAAACGGAUCGCGAAGUGCCGAGGUUGCCAUUCUACGACUCAUUCUUGGAUAUCGUUGUGAGCCGUAGUGCGACUUGCGCCGUUGCCGAACUCGUAGGCCUACUGUAUUUUGCGGGAAUGGCUAAGAAGAGCAAAUUGUCACUUACAAACCCGCUUUGCCAACUUGUAGUCCAGCGGCUAGAGGAAAUAAUCAAGACGACAGGAACGCUUGGUAUUUCAGAUGAUGAAAUGGGUAUUCUGUGUACCAGUCUCCAUAAAAUGAAUCACAUCCUCAGAAGUACCGAAGUUGGAAAUUUCAUGCUCAAAUAUGUCAAGCAGUCCGUGGCAGAUUUUCAUUCGAGUAAACUGUACGGAGUGACUUCGUGUUGCAAAUUACUACGACAUUCGAGGGUCUCGUCUGAUGACGUCUGUUCAGUGAUAAGUGAUGCAAUAAUUCAACGUGGCGGUACAUUGAAUGUUACCCAGUUGUAUCACUUGACUGCCGUAUUAACUAACGUCAAUUAUUUCGUACCUGACGUUUUCGAAGUAAUCGAGUCCCAUUUGAAAGAGAUCUUGUGUUCAACAGUAAUAACUGGUAAUUCGGAGCAUAGAAGGUUGCAUUCCUCGGUAUUAGUUCGUCCUAAAGAUAUCCAGGGAAUUCUUUGGACCGCAGCUGCUGUAGGGAAGAGUUUUGGCAGAUCUCUCACCGACCUAAUCGUCGAUUAUUUUAUUUCAAUGAUCAAUCGAGAUGGAAUUAACUCAGUGAACCGAACAGUUUAUCUGGAUGCCGUUUACUGUCUAGUCAUGAUGGGUUUUCACUAUGAAGACCUCGAGCGAAGGUUGAUCAACCCAGCUUGCGUCCUUGCUCUGAAAAAAGAACGAAAGGGACGUUUGCUGACCAAGGUGUUGACGAUUGAAAAUGCCAUCAAAUUGGAAUCCGCACAUUCGUCAUUUGAGGUUUCUCGUUUGGUGUCGCCUGCGGAUGUUCCUUUCCGAUCCGUAUUCAAAGACGUGGAAUCUCGACCCCUUUUGAAGUCGCUGUAUGAUACAUUGUGUGCAUACAGGAAAAAAUCCAAUGUUCCACAACCGGAAUAUGGUUGUGUACCGGUGUUCCCUGUACCAGGCAUAUCCUCGGCAGGGUUGGAACUGACGUUCGAUGGCUCACUAUCUGGUCGGUACCUGAUCGAGGUCUUGGACGACACGAAUACUACCAGGCCAUUCGGUACACCGACUGGUCUAAUGAAGCUCAAGCUACGUCUAGCAAAGAAAAGCUAUGUCAGUUUGACAGUGCUCACCGAAAAGGAAAUUGCUGGUGAUCGCAAACAGUUGCUCCAGUUAGUUUUGAGUGGAUCUGGUGGAUACCAGUUGCAUAAUCUAGCCGGCCAAGGAAAAUCUGAUUCCUCGGACAUCCAUUUGAUGUCUUCUAUGAAUUCUGGAAGUUACAAACGCGGUGAUCGCUCGCAAGAUUUCAACCGACACCAAUACGAUCCCAAAAAGCUCAGUUUCAUUCAGAGAAAUCCGAGGCGUUUUGUGACGGUCUUCACAACAGUUUCCUUACUGAUCUUCUUUUCCAAACCCAUUUACGACAUUUUCAUCAAACCUUUGGUGGAAGACCCUGAGGAACGGAAACGUCGCCUGUUCAGAAGGGAUCACCCAGAGAACUUCUCUUACCCAAAAUUGAGAUUUCAAGCAGGCGUAGGAAUAUUAGUCCGGUUCGCCUUUGUUCUUUAUGGGAUGUAUCAGGAUGCUCAUAUGCUGGUGAAGUACACGGAUGUGGAUUACAAGGUGUUCACUGAUGCCAGUCGACAUGUGGUCAAUGGGCGUUCUCCUUUUGAGCGACAUACUUACAGAUAUACUCCUCUGGUUGCCUGGAUGCUUGUGCCGAAUAUCCUUCUGGACCCCUUGUGGGGAAAAGUGAUUUUUUCCCUGGCUGAUGUCGCCUGCGGGUUUUUCAUAUACGUCCUCGUCAAGAGUGAACUCCUCAGGGAGCAGAAAUACCAGAACAUUGAGUGGAUCAGUGUGAAGGCUGCCUGCUUGUGGUUAUACAAUCCUUUGACGAUUGUAGUGAGCACGCGGGGGAGUGCGGAUUCCAUCCCCAGUUUAUUGGUACUCCUUACCCUUGUUUGCUUGCGUGGGAGAAGUGUCAAAUUGGCCGGGGUUGCAUUCGGGUUAGCUGUUCAUUUCAAAAUCUAUCCCAUCAUUUACUCUCUGCCGAUCUUUCUGUCCCUGCGGAGCAACCCGAACCGUGUGACGUGGUCAGAUUUUUGGAAGUGGAAUCGUACUCAGAUUACGUUUGUGGGACUUUCUUUGCUGACGUUUGCCGGCUUGUUCAUCCUGUGCUACUCACUGUACGGAAGAGUGUUCAUCAACGAGGCAUUUCUUUACCAUGUCACGAGAAGAGACACGCGGCACAAUUUCUCUGUUUACUUCUACCUCCUUUACAUUACGCCUCAGAUCAGGAGCCUGAUGAGCGUUUUGCUCUUUUCCCCGCAACUCAUGAUUCUGGGCUACACGUCAGUGGCCUUUUGCUCGCCGAACAAACUUUAUCUCGGAUUGUUCAUUCUUACCGCCGUCUUCGUAACUUUCAAUAAGGUUGUCACGUCGCAAUACUUCCUGUGGUAUCUUGUGCUGAUCCCACUCAUAGCGCACAAGUUGGAGAUGACGAAAGCUCACUCUGCAGUGCUCUUCACUAUUUGGGGCUUUGCUCAGCUAUCAUGGCUAAUGCCUGCGUACUUCUUGGAGUUCGAAGGACGAAACGUGUUUUUCUACCUGUGGGUGGAAGGUUUGGCUUUCCUUUGCGCCAACGUGGGCAUCCUCAGCAAAAUCAUCAACAAUUCGAAGCCGGUUACCAAAAUUGACAAGUGGGAUGGAGCAGCUGUGAAGAAUGCUCUGGAUGACGCAGCCAAAGAAAUGUUCGCAAACGAAUUCGAAUAUGCUGAAAACACAAAACUGAUCGAUGUUCGCUUGUGGAUCUGCUUUUUGGCCUGCGUGGUUGCCGGAUUUGCGCUAGGAUACGAUUACCUAUUUCCGUUUCCGGCUUCCAAGUUGGUUUUGGUAUCCUGUGUUUCGAUAUACUUCCUGUUCAUGAUAUUACUCACGGUGUACACGAAUUACUGCGAAAAGAACAUUUUCUGUGUGUUCGAGGAAAAGGAUCCAGCUGGAAUGGACCCUCCUACCAAAUGGCAAUUGUCUUCUUUCUUGAAAAGGUUCGACGAUAUGUACACUUUGACCAUAGCUGUUCUGGAUGGGCCAUCGGGGAAAGGUCGAGAAUCCAGCGUCACUCGUUCAGUCGCAAAUUUUUUCGACGAGAACGGAGUCCUUGUUGCGGAAUUGUUCGAGAAAGAAAUCCGAAAAAUGCACGAUAGCUUGAACGCGGAACGGAAGCGGAAAGGAGUGCCAUUCCAGCGUGAUCCUCCUGCGAAUCUCAGAAUUGAAGUCUCUCGCUCUGGGAAGGCGAAGUUAACGUGGGGAGUUGUUCUGCUCUGCUGUUUCUGGUGGAUUUUCGUGUUCAUCCUUAUUUUGAUCGCAUCUGCGCCUCAGUUUUUGCGGCUUCGGCGGAUAGGUCUCGAAGAUGCACAAAUAAUCACGGACGCGCAGCAAGAAUUGCUUUUGAACUCGGAAUUGGACACAGCUACCGUCGAUUUGUCCAUCCCUGUGAGACUGUCGAACGUCGGUCCGAAAGACAACCUCAGAACCGCUUUCCUACCUUCUUUCACAACGGGGAAACCAGUGUUGAUAGCGAGAGACUCCUUUGCUGCCAACGCCAUCAGUUUUAAGAUUGAGCCUUUGCUCGAUCGCAAGGCGCCUUCGCUUGAAGAAAACGCGCAUCAAGUCAUGUCGAUGCUUGUGCAGAGGUCCGUCGUAGACGUGAUUCAAAGGGCUCAGGCGGCCAUGAAAGGCGGUGCUUCCGUGGCGGCGAGCAACGACUGUUCCGUCGCCGCGGGAACGAGUGAUGGAGAAGAGUUCACUCCCUGUGAUUUGGAUAAAUUUGUCGACGAUAACGGAAGAUUAUUGCCCUAUUUUGGGUUUCGGGAUUGUCCGUCUGUUCCUGAAACGUUAGUUACCGAAAGAUCAGUGAAUCUCUCUUCGACUUAUUCUUACGAUCGAGUCGUGCUCAAUGAGAGGCUGGAAAGUGCAGGAGUUCUACCAGGUGGUGAAUGGAUUCCGAGACGGUGCAUUUCUAGACACAAGGUGGCUGUCGUGAUUCCGUACCGUGAUAGAGCCACUCACUUGGUAACCCUGCUGAAGGAACUCCACUCAUUACUCCAAUCUCAGCAGUUGCAUUACAAAAUCAUCGUCGUCGAACAGGCAGGUGAUGAGCUGUUCAACAAGGGGAAAUUGAUGAAUGCUGCCUUCUUGACUGCGUUGCGUUCUGCGUGGUGGGACUGUUUCGUUUUUCAUGACGUGGAUCUGAUUCCUGAAGAUGGUCGGAAUAUGUAUUCGUGCCCUCAACGUCCAAGACAUUUGUCUGUUGCGGUGGACAAGUUGAAUUAUACUUUGCCUUACCAUUACCUUAUGGGAGGAGUGGUUGCGUUCCGGACGGAACACUUCUUGAAGCUCAAUGGCUAUUCGAAUUUAUAUUGGGGCUGGGGCGGGGAAGACGAUGACAUGGGGAGAAGAGUUCUUCAAACUUGGUCGACGAUCGAUCGUCCUUUGAAGCGUUUCGGUCGCUACAAAAUGCUUCCGCAUGUGAAACGACGUUCUUCUAUGCCUACGGCGACUCAGCGUCUUCUCAUAACAGCUGGUGUUCGCCGUCGCUUGGAUGGCCUGAAUUCUUCAAAUUUCACGUUGGUGGAAAAGGAGGAAGUUCAACGUGCGUACACUAGGUACUUGAUAAAUGUUGGGCGUCCUCCGGAAAUCAUCCUGAAGCUUGCUGAAAUCCAGCGUCGACAGGACGCUCUGAAUAGGAAAUCGUGGAGAGGAUGAUAAUUUUAUGCUUUUCCUGCGCUUUCUUCAGUGUUCCUUGAAAUAGUCAGCCCCCUUACGUGGAGAAAAAUCUCGGAGGAAAGAGAGUGAACCGGAAGUAUUUUUUUAUUGUGAUGACUAGCGUUGUGUCGAAACGGUGCCGCCUGCUUCCGAGUAAGUUGUUGUGUUACAAUGAAGUUUGUCAGCUGCUUGCA